CCAUCCUCUCUGCUCCCCUCCAACGCGUUCGCCACCCUUCUAUCUUCGUUCGUGUUUCAUCCCUCUCGUUUCAACCAUCCCUUCGGCCCGUUCGUCUGUCCUUCGGUAGUCGUCUAUCUAUCCGACGCGCAACACUACCACCCCGUGAGUCUCGGAGCGUGACUCCACGUUCUAUCCUUCUUUACCCUCCUCCGUCUCCAUCUUCUCCUCCUCUUUCUCUUUCUCCACCCUGCCUAUGCUUCUUCUCUUUCUCUCUCUCACUCUCUCUCUCCCUCUCUCCUUCUUCGCCACUGUUUCUCGCUCGCACUCUCCGUCUCCGCUUCGCUUUCCCUACGUCGCUCCGCGCGCUCCGGCUGCGUGCGCGAAUGUUCGAGUAAGGCCCUCGUUCGUGUGACCUGUGGUUUCUCCGGCGUUUUCCUACCCUUAGUGCGAGCACAGUGCCCAUCCGCAGUCCAUCAUUCGCCACGAUACGCAUUCGCGAUUCUCGGCUACUUUCACCUCGUUGCUCGUGCUCGCGGCCGACGAUUUCCGCGAGUGGAUGUCACCGUGUUGUUCCUACCGAUUCUUCCAAACGUUCACCCUGUUGUGCGAUUCACCGUGCAUCUUCGUGCAAGAGUACUUGACCAUGGUUCGUAAAUCGUGUAACGAUGAUCCGAUCCGAUCCAGUGGUAAAUAUUAAAAGAAACAAAGGGAUGCGAUCCAUCGAUCUUGCGUGGGAAAAAAAAAGCGGAACACCGGCGAACGAGUGAUUAACGAUCAGUGGAAGAGAAAGUGACUCGAGGAAGUGACUCCGUGUUGCUCUUCGCGGUUUUACACGUACGGCAACGUCUCGCGAAUAAACUAGCGGGUCGAAGAGGGGAAGAGAAGAUCAGUUUGGGGUGAAGAAGAGAGGAGAAACGGCUACGUGUCAGGUUGGUAGGCGGUGGUGGGAGGAGGUGCUACCACAAGCGCACAAUUACACACACACACACACACAUACUCACACAAAUACAUUCGCCUGUAUAUACGCACAGUAUAACGCACACUGUGACGCGCGAAUAAAGUCGGAAGGUGGUGGUGGUGGUGGACAGAGGUGGUUGAAGGACGAGAGGGGCGAAAGAGGGUGGCUCUGGAAAGGGUGGGCCUUCCAAGUGUCUUGUCUCCUAUCAUCCUGUCGUCCAGGGUAUCGCUUACGAAUGUCGCGCGAUCGAGCGAUCCGUCUCCGAUCCAGCACGACCAGGGACGUUCUGCCAUCGAAGGCGUUGCGACGAACCCACUAGUCUACACCGUACAGUUUACCAUUAUCAUCGUGUUACGCUCUCCGCUUGAUAUGCGACGCGAGCCGCGAUUCGAACCACUCCGCGUGUCGGAUAGACCGUGUUCUGCCGUCGGACCGUCGGCGGAGGAGCAUCCUGUGCUCUUCUGACGGGACGAACGCGUACAACGAGCCGUGUUCAGUGGAACGGAUGACUGUUUGCUCGAAUCGUGUGCCAUUCCAGGGGAAACAGAACUCGAGACUGACGCGUUCCGUUCGGGGAACCGUGAACGUCGCUGGAACGGACUCUUUGGACGCGAGUCAACGAUGUCUGGUGAAACGGAGAUCGAGGUAUCCGUAGUGUCCGAAGAGGAUUUGGAACUGGAAGGUUCGAGGAGCAGCUCGACACCGGCGGAGUUGCUUCUACAAGAGAAAAACGGAAAGUCUAGUUGUGGGUUGAACAAUCACCAUUCCUUCAGCUUCGACGUAGGCAAACCGGCACUCAGGCCCGCGUGUAACCCUCAGUACACGUCCUUCAGCAUCUCUAGCAUCCUUGGAAGACCCGAGUCACCUCCUAUAGACUCUACAUCGACGGUGUCCGCUGAAAGGCAAUCGUCGGAUGUUGACAGAGGCUCGCCAUUGCCAACAACGAACGCUCAGAAUUCCCAGAGAAUCGGAUCCUCCUGCGACAGCCCUGCAAGGGGUUUGUCCUCGCCUACGUCCUUGAGAUUUUCCAACAAUCAAAGGGGCGUCUCGUCGGUCGGUCACACGACAGACAACAGAAACAAUGCUACUAACAUGGGGAUCGUAUGUGCUACCAGUGCUACCAGCCCGGCGUCCACUUUCUCUCCGCCCAGCGACGCCUCUACGAACCCUCUGCUCGGUCACCAAGCGUCGGCCGACUUGGCGAUGCUGUCGAGAUUGGGCCUAAUGUCGUCGUUGAUAGCGGGCCGAUAUCCGGUCGGAAUUGGCGUCGGCGGUGUGUUCUUUCCGUCGACGUUGCAACACCUUCACCAACAACAGCAACACCAACAUCACUCGCGGCUGGCAGCCGCUUCGUCGGCCUUGAGCAACGCCGUUCAGGUCACCGGCCAAUCGGAUAUCGUCGAUGCCGACGGCAUCCGCGGCGUUCUACCCGGUGGCGCCGGUUGGCCGUUUCCAUGGAGGCCGACGCACGGCCUACAGACGCUGGAACAUCCGUCGCCGAGCGACGUCGUCGGCAGCUUGAGUCGUGUCAGUCCCGCUUCCGCGUCCUUUCCGCAAAGGGACGACCUGGACGACGAGAACGGGGAGGAGCGUCUGCACCGGACACGGAGUCCGUCGACGGGCGACGAAGGACACGACGAUCUGGGCGAGCAGGACGACUGCCCGGAGGCGGAUGGCGAAGGGGAAUCCACAAACUCGACGAGUCUUCACGUCGGUAGCGGCGGUGGCACAGGGAAUAGCGGAGGUGGUGGAGGCGGUGGUGGCGGUGGGCAGAACAGCGUGCAGGUUGGCGUAGAUGGUCGCGACUCCAGCAGCAUGAAACGAAAAAAGAAGACGCGAACUGUGUUCUCGCGGUCGCAGGUGUUUCAAUUAGAAAGCACGUUCGACCUGAAACGCUACCUUUCGUCUUCUGAACGCGCCGGUCUCGCUGCAACGUUACGGCUGACCGAGACUCAGGUGAAGAUCUGGUUCCAGAAUCGUCGUAACAAGUGGAAAAGACAACUCGCUGCCGAAUUGGAGGCAGCAAACAUGGCGCACGCGGCGCAGAGACUAGUCAGGGUGCCGAUACUGUAUCACGAGGCGUCCGCCGGAAGCGGAACGUCCGGCAGUGUCUCGGUGUCGGUCGCUGCGCCGCCGGCCGCCGCUGCGCCAGCGUCGGUCGCCACGUCGGCGCUCUCCCACUCGGUCGGCGUAGGAGUCGGCGUCGGUGUCGGCGUCGGCACCUCCUGCCCCCCUACCACCGCCCAGCCGAUCUUCUACUCCCAUCACCAUCAGCACCACCAUCAUCACCCGGCUCACGUGCAGGCGCACACUCUCCUGCCCCACCAGGUACACCCACAACCGCCGCCACCCCCGCCGCCACCGCCUAACGGCCAACCACCCCAAUCCUCCUCGCAAUAACACCGUCCGGCUCACGAGACCGUCGGCCCGCUGCAACCAACCACCGCCGACACCGCGGUCUCCCUCUCGCGACUCGCCUCGAUCGCCUUGUCCGGAUAAACGUUUUCUUCUGCCGUUUCGGUCAUCUUGGAUCGUCGAUCGUGCGAGCUUGAUCGAGCCAGGUAGAGUUUCUUCUUUUCAACGUUUCCUUUUUCGUCAAUUAUGAUUUUUCAGUAUUCUGGGGUUAGUCUUGUUUUAAAAGUUUACUGGAAGUCGGUAGAUUAGAGAAUAUCUGUGAUUCGAUAUUUUAUCACGAUCAGAUCUUACCGACGAGAGGAGGAACUUGACAAAAUUUUAUCAUAUAUUUUCUAUCAUCUUUGUUUCUCCUGAUUCGGUUUAAAAUAUUUAAUCACAAUUACGUAACACUCUAUACGAUAUAACUUUACUUAGAAGAAAAAGACACGAGGAACUUCAAAUAUUACAACGUAUCUUAAAAAAUGAAAAAACGCUACAUGGGAAAUUGUAACUGAGAAAAACAGUUAUUUGAACGAUACAAAAGAGUAUCACUCGGAUCUUUAGAAAAGGAAGGAACAAAACGAUCACCGAGAGUUAAUGCAAAAUGAUGGAAUUUAAAGUAAAAUAAUUCGCCAACAAGAUAACCGGACGAUUUUAAAGAAACAGAGAGAGGUUUAACCAAAACACAAUCUGGCUUGUUCAAGCUAUCCGAAAGCUUUCCAACAUCGCUGGAAUCGCGGGUUUGGCUCGUUAAAUUCCGGCACGAUCGAUGGCUCUCGAGUCUCCGUUUCAGCAACGAAACGAUCUCGUUUUAUCGCGCCACGUCUUUCAAUUGCACGUUCCAAGCCCGUGUACUAGCAUCCGCGUUCCGUUCCAAGCGACGAUGCAUCGAAACGCAAGAGAACAGGAUCGUCACGGUGUCGGAGGUUGGAUUUUUCGCCGCGGUUCAACGCGACUGGCGACUUCCGGCAAGUCGAACAAUUGUAAUAUAAGUAUGUAUCUAGUCUGUCAACUUAUCGAUAAGAAACUGCUCGUGGAACGAUUAUUAAGAAUAUUUUGUCGAUGAGCGCAGGACAAACACAGUUCUGUCCUUCCCUCUGUUUCUAUAGCCGUCUGGCUCACUUUAUGUCUUUCUAUCGUUUCGUUUAUACGCUUUUCUAAAUACGUGACACGAAACUUGUUUCUACCGUUGACACAAAUUUUAAUUUCUUUCUUUUCCUUAGUCUUCUUUCUAAUCGGGAACGUUGCAAACACGAAACGAGGAAUCUCAAAGAAAAAUGUAAAUGUAACCGCUAUGAGAUUGUAACUAAUUGUUAGAUACACCGUAAGACACAGGCAGGGUUCCUACGACAUCAUUCUACCUGUUGUGAUAAGUAUUUAAACGAUUAAUUUUAUUAAACGAACGGUAUAGUUACGAAAUACCGACUCUCUCCUCUCCUUCACAUUGUAUAUCUCUCCACCUAAUCUAUAGACGUCAAUUAAGGAAAAUGAAAAGCAAAGCACACCGCUUGUCGCGUCGUGUUUUAUACGGACGUUUGUGAUCUGAGAUUCACGCAGACUAUUGUACAGCUGAUCGUUUCAUAAUCGCUAAUAAUGAUCGUUGAACCAUAACGCAACAGUCCACGUCGUUCAACAUCCCAUCUCUCACGCAUCAUCGUCCUUUUCCACACGUGUUUUUGUCCUGAAUCUUACAAAUAUUGAGUUGCAUUAAAAAAUAAUCAAAUUUCAAGGAUAGAAAAAAUCAGCCAUCCAUCGUUCAACGCUUCGGGCGAAAAUCGACGAUACUUCGGAUGUACCAACAAAGAUGAAAAGCUAGAAAAAUAUCGAACGAUCAACGAAAUAUCUUCGAAUAAGACCGCGAAUAUUCAUGAUCCCGUGGACGACUUAACACACCGUGGAACAUGUCGCUUCUCGACAAAGUCAACUGAUGUUUUCCCACUAGAACGCCUAUGUAAUCGAGUCGUCGUGAAGUGGAAAGUGCUCGAUAGACCCUCGUCGAUUGUCACCACCGUACCCAGUUCGUAUUGUACUCUGUGUUCCAUCGUUUAAUCGUUUCCUGCGUUCUUAUUGAACAUUCUGAAAUGCGUUGAUUUCGAAUUUCCUGAAAGCCAGAAGUAGCUGUGAAAUGCGCGACUUCGUUCAGUGAGACUGUUCCCGGAGUGGAGAUCAGAAAGUUUCGAAGGCUACAGACGAGAAAAAAGUUUCAUGGUUACGCUUUUACUAGACGUAAUUUUAUUUCCUUCUCGUGUUUGGAAACAUAAAAAUUCCAACUGGGAUCGUGAAUUUAAUUUCAAGUUACACAUAUCCCGAUGCAAAAGUAAUCCCGACGAAUAUGUAUAGCCACUAAAAAAUACCACAAUGGAAACGGGAAUAUGAAAGAGGGUUAACCAGACAUCCCUCAGAUAUUCCCAACAAUUCCUCCCGAUCAAUGUCUCCACCCCGCAAUCGUCUCCAAAGACAGAUAAACCCAGACCGUUCGCGCAAACACGAUCAAAGAGUAUAGAGGGGCGGAACAGGGCGGUUUCGCGAGGAUAUCCGGUGAACGGGCGACACAGUUUUAGCGCUGUGUAGAAUGGCGAUGCUGUGUCAGGUGGUUCACAAGCACGUUCAGCCGAUUCAUCGUCGCUUUCGAGGAGAAAACGUCGAGGCGCCAUUGGUGGAUGUCGACCACGAGGGAGCAGGAACGACAAUGCGUCCGUACCGCCGUGUUUCUCUGCAUCUGCACACGCCGCACAGCAUCCAGAGUAAGUACGCGCACGUAAGUACGUGCACUUCAAUCAUCGUUCUCACAGGCCGUCGCGCGCCAUCGCGCCUUCGCCUCUUUUUCGCCUCUGAUCUCUCUUUCUCCGCGAGAACCUUUCAUCCACCGAACGAUUACAUCCUCCACCUCCAACCUCCCCCAACCUCCCAAACGGCCUCCGUGUCCCUCGUUUUAGUUUUAUUCCGCUUGCACACGUUGCCCUUUUCUCUGCUCCGCGCCCUCUUUACCCGACGUUUACCGUUUUCCUUUCUGCGAUACCCGGUGUCCUUUCGCGCCUCAAGCCGACUAGGGACUCGAUUAUAUCGAGGCUACUGUCUGCGUAUCUCGAUCUGCAUCCUUGCGAUUCCUGUCUCCAACCUCCCCUUUCGACCAGCAUCCUCCCGAAGAUGUGUUCCACGAAUGAUAAAUCGUUUUACAAGUAGAUCGCCGAUGUUUAUGCAUUUGUAGGAAGUUUAAAGGUGGGCAAAUCUUGCGUAUAGAAUGUCGAAAGUAUAAUACUCGUUAUAGUAUUCAGUGGGUAAAACAUUUUUAUAUGUAAGUUAUACGUUUUUAAUUUAUAUUCGUAGAAAUACGAAUUUGCAUAAAUAUCGGCGAUCUAUUCAUAUGAUUUUCACGAGGGUAUCGGUUCGAUAGAUAAAUUAGUUAGGAGCAACACGUUGAGUGGAAGGAAGGACUCGAUCGUAUCGAGAUGUCCGAAUUCGCAGGUUUGUCUGCGGUCUCGUUUGAGUUUCCACUACCAAGCUGUUUGGUAAGUGUCCUUUCGACGUGUUCAACUAUCUCUAUGAGAAUUGGGCGAUAUAGCGAAACGGUUGUUUGGCCAAUUCUCGGAGAAGUUCCUUGGAUGGACGUUGAAGCUUGGAUCGUACAUGUAGUAUAAUUUAAGCUCGACGAAUUCUGAUACUCUUUUUUAGUUUUAUCGACUUAAGAAUCUAUAAGCAGAAUUUUAUUUUGAAAGAGAAGAUUGUAGCGGACUACGUCUGUUUGGUACGCAAAUGCAUCGGAAAAAUGGUCGUUUAGAGAAACAUCGAUGGAAGCACGUUGAAGAAUUCGAGCGAAUGGUAUUCGUGACGCAACGACGUCGAAGAUAUUAGCUCCACAUGGCCGAGAACCGUCGCCGAUGGAUUAAACGCGGUUCGAUUGAUUAAACACGAUUUAUAUUGGCGUUAAUAAGCGAUGGCAUUGAAUAUUUAAAGCGACUCAUUAACUCGGUAAUUGCGAUGAAACGGCGUAGCCCGCGAAGAGCGUUGAUCGAUCGAUUUCAAUUUCGUUCCUUUUUGUUCCGUCGUUACCUUCGUUGCGGAACAACGUUUCCCUAUCGCUAACAAACCGAUCGGAAAAUUCAGCCGUUCGUCGAUAUCGCUUCUGGAGUUCGGAUGAAAAAAAGAAGAGGGAAAAAGCUGGACGAGGAGGAGGAGGAGUCGGACUCGGAAAAAAAACUAUUUCUUCCCAUCGGAUGCUGCGUCGUCAAAUGACAGGAAAUUUUUUUCGAUUUAAUGAGACUGCUUUAACAUCGGAAUCGUAACCUCGACGGAAUACUCGUCGUGAACGAGUCGAAAUAAAUUUGUAUAAAUAUAUAAAUAAUGGGAAUUGGUGUAUUCGAAAUUCAAGAAACUAGAGAUACUUCCUCCGAAAUAAUUUUACUACCACUCUCUCUGUGUAUUAAAAAAAGAGUUGUAAAAUUCUCGAUUUUUUUAACAAAAACAUCGCGAUACCCGAUAUAUGUUUCGCAAACUAGCUGCCUGUUAAACAACACGUUGCUUCUACUCUUUCACCACUAAGCUUUCUAUGGUCGUUUUAAAAUCGAGCACAUGGAUCUUCGCACCUUUCGAAAAUCCUCUCCGUCCUAUCAAUUAACCCCCCACCCCUGAUACUUUUGAAUCGAGCUAGCCCAGGAUUCAAAAAAAAUUGUAUUAGGAUCCUGUUUGUCCCUGGGAUCGAAAAUUCACCAGCUCAUUGUCGGCUGCAAUCUAGAGUCGAAUUGCAACCUUCCCCUCUCCCAAUACUUCUAUGCGCCCCGUCCUGGGGUAAUUUAACACGUAAGGGGAUGACGACGGUCUCGAAGCCCGUGUCCUACAGGGUCUCGUAUAAGUGACGAUCGUGUUACACCGGCAAACUCACGAAAUCUUUCGAAGAAUCUAUUCUUCGACCACCCUCCCAAUGAUUGGUCUCAUUACUUCUGCCCUGAUACCCAGACCUUUUUCGAAUUUUUCAAUGGGGACAUGGUGGUAGAAGGUGGAAGUUAUUACCAUAGGCGUGAUGAAAUUUUUUUUCUGACGAUAUUUGUUUUUGAAAUUAUUUUUCUGUACAAUGUUUCUUUGCUUCGAUAACACGUUAUACGAUGCAACGUAAAAAUCAUAACGAUGAUGUAAGUCGGUUCAUCGCUCGUUAGAGUUUAGGUUUAAGUUCUAUACGUUAUCUUAAAUUGGAUGUAGCCGUGACGGCAUUCGAAGAAUUCCAGACAAAUUAGCGCGAGUGGACCAAAGCUGGUCUUGGGAACGAAAUAAUCUACGAUUCACCGACGAAUUACAGAAUCUGUGCAGAACAGCACCGAAUAGGAUUGCGCGAUUGGACGAUGGGAUAAAUCCCACGAAACCAUCGAAUAUUUCGUGGAUAUAUACCAUUACCGAUUUCAGGCUCCCCUAACCGCCAGUUAUCCGUCUAAAAUCCAUCCUGUCGCUGUCCGCCGACAAAUCUCGUGAUCGAUUCGAGUGUGCCAUCAAAACAUCAAGCAAAACUCAUUCCUCGGGAGAAUACCAGAGUUUCCAGAACCAUGGGGGUCCUAUAGACCACCUGCGGUAUUACACCCACUUUUGUCUUUGUCACUGUGAUCGAGAGACCAGAGCAGAACAAAAAAUCAGUAAUUCCUAAUGGACGAGCGGACAAGGGAUCGCGACGACGACGACGACGACGACGACGACGACGACAAUGGUCGUUAGUAAAUUAAACGCGGUCCUUGAUGAUCAACGGUGGAAAUCGCGUGAUCCAACGUCUGUUUAAGCACACGCAGCGGUCGAACGUCCACGCCAGUGCGCGUAAUUCACGUGAUUCGCGAUGAAACACAAUCGAUAACGCGGCUUAAUUGCUGUAGCCGUAAAAGGAGGCUCAUUUGUAUAAAGCUUCAUCGUCCGGCUAAUCGAGUUAAUUAUCAGGCUGAUAAUGCGCGGACGACUUCGCAACAGCUGUGUUGGAUAGAAAAACAGGGAAAAAAGGGGCAGGACGCACAGAUGACGCCUGAAUCCUGCGUCUCCUUCCUUGCGCCCCGCGCUUUCUGCUUCGCCGUACGAGCAACACGGCCAAUUUAUAGCGGCCAUUAUCGCGGACGCGAUCCUUCCGUGACUAUUAUUACCUGCCUCCGCAGCAGCUCGACAAUUACUCUAAUGGAAUAAUUUUUUGGAAAAUCUAUCGAGACCUUCCAGCAUGGAAUGGUUACAGCGGCCACACCCUUUGCACGUCACUCCAAUUGGAACCUCGUUUAGUCACAAAGCAACGAAACAAGUUCUUUAUUUGAUGAUUUGAAAGUGGGUGACGUGGAUGAUAUAAAAGUAAAGAAACUUGAGGAGAGGUGUAAUAGCGAAAAGUUGAUUCUAAGGUUCUGAUCGUAUCGAACAUUCUGUACCAGAAUAGAUUUGUACAUAGGAUAACUGCAGAUCUACACGCGUGCUUUGUGGGUUUAAACAAGCGUUGGUUGGAAGCACCGUUUAAUUUUAAACGGAAUACUCUGCUUCACUGACGAGAUAGUAACCAACGAAAUCGGUCGAUUUUUAUUCCAAAACUCAGACACCGAAAGUCGAAUCCCGCAGAAAGAUUGACGCGUUCGCGAGACUGCCACCAAAAGAGACGAGAGGGGUGAAAGGGGGGCUUAGCUUAUAGACCGCGCUGCCAGAUCGAAUUGCUUUUUACAGCGGACGGUCGCGAGAUAUCGAAAGCGUGGUCGUGUGUAUACUCGUACACGUUUGUUGUACACGCAUGCAUGAGAAGACGUUCGUUGCGUGUACGGAUUCGCGUGGAUAUGUGUGCGCCAGCACGCACAGUGCACAGAUACACGUAUGAACAUGGGAGGCACAUGAUGCGUGUGGGGCGCGGCGCACAGGCAUAAAAGAGCAAGCGAAAAAGGGAGCCUCUUUUUAAUCUAGCGACGAUUCGCAACCCCCUGCUUCUUUCAUAGUUACGUGCUUAGUGCUUAUACCCAUUGACUCCCUCUCUUUACUCUGUUGCCUGAGCUGUCUGUCAUCGUCCCUCUUUAUACGCUUUGUCGUCGUGUCAGAGCGGCUCUCUUCUGUGUGACCGAGGGCCCGGACCAGUAGUAUCACUCAGACUUUCUACUCCGCGACCAACCGCGAUUCUAUUACUUGCCGUUUCUACUUACUCGAUUUGACGUACCUGAAUAGUUUUAUAAGUUGUGUUUACAAAUUUUUGACACCUUCAAAUCUUGGAGCGUUCGAAUUUAUAAAUUUGCAAAUUCUCGACUCUUCGAAUUGUCAGAGUUUCAGAAAUAUUCAAAUUGCAGAAUUCAUCUAGCAUUUUACACGAAACAACCAUUUUCUCCAUUUCCCAAGUACCAUUUCUCCCUACAAAUUGGCAUAUUUUACAACGCUGUUCGCAGAAUAACGUUUUAGACCAAUUGCAGCGCAAAUGUUUGCUGGCUCCGGUGUAUUCCUCGGGCGUGUCGUCGCGAGACCGAGGUUAAAUCGGCCGAGACCAUUGUUCGAAAUAACACGCGGCUCGCUUUCUGUUCCUUUCUCCGAAAAGUGCAUCGCUCUUCGUUCACCGGUUUUUCGCUUGCAUACACACUACGGCGUGCACGAUGAGCACGAGCCUGUACCAGGCCGCAUAUGUUGAACAUGUACAAUACCUCGUGAUCGUAUUACCAUUCACGAUAAACCGACGACCAGAGACUAAUGCCGAAAGCGGCAGUAAUCAACCCUUUUGACGAAAUUUCAAUCGGCAUACUUGCGGUUUCACCCGAUAGCGCUAAAUAUCGCCGCUUUGUUUUAUUCAUAUUCGGUUAAUUAAAUCGCGUGGAGGAUCGUUCGCAACGAUCUACAAAUUUUUAGAUUUGCCAGGUGAAAUGAAAUUUUUCUAUUUCAAGAAAAUUUAGUUCGUUGUCGGAAAUUUGUAAUUUCUCACUUUGAACGCUAUACGCCAGAAAACUGAUUUAAACUAUCGAUUCAAUAAACGAUGCAUUUUGAAGAA